UGGAGCGACCUGACCAAUAUUGAGCAAGACAGCCUUGCGAGAAAAAAACACAGUUUGUUUGAAUAUUAACUUUCAAAUGUGAGCUAAACGGAACCAAGAGACGCUUUUUUCCUGCCAUCCGGACCCUUUAUGUGGCGCACUGCUCGGUUAGAAGCUAACUUUCAAUCACGUGUGUUCACCCAUGAAACGAACUUUAUUCCGAGCAGACUGAGAUGUACACUUCUGUCAGAAUUCGUUUCAGGUUAAAUUAACAAGUCGUUCGGAAGUGGACUUUUAUUUGUUUCUUCAUUCAACAUGAAUAUUUCAUUUGAAGGAAAACGAGCUCUGGUCACUGGAGCAGGAAAAGGAAUAGGAAGGGCCACAGCUCUGGCUCUAGCAAACUGUGGGGCAAAGGUCACAUCAGUUACACGCACACAGUCAGACCUGGACAGUCUGGUGCAGGAGUGUCCAUCCAUCAUCCCUGUGUGUGUGGACUUGGCAGACUGGGGUGCCACAGAGGCGGCCCUCAAGAACGUGGGCCCAAUUGAUCUGCUCGUCAAUAAUGCUGCUCAUGCCAACCUGCAGCCAUUUCUUGAAGUCACACCGGAGCAGUUUGACCAGUCUUUCAAUGUGAAUGUGAAAGCUGUGCUGCAUGUGUCCCAGAUUGUGGCUGCUGGGAUGAAGGGCAGAGGAUCAGGAGGCGCCAUUGUCAACGUGUCAAGCCAGGCAUCUCAAUGUGCCCUCAGAAACCACACUGUCUACUGUGCCAGUAAAGGAGCGCUGGACAUGUUGACAAAAGUCAUGGCUCUGGAGUUGGGAGCUCAUCAGAUCCGAGUGAACAGUGUGAACCCCACUGUGGUGAUGACGGAAAUGGGACGCUCAGGUUGGAGUGACCCAGAAAAAGCCAAGACCAUGACAUCCCGUAUCCCGCUCGGCCGCUUUGCAGAGGUUGAUGAAGUAGUGAACAGCAUUUUGUUCCUGCUGAGCGAUAAGAGCUCAAUGACUAAUGGAGUGACUCUUCCAGUUGAUGGAGGCUUCCUGGCCUGUUAAACGAGCACCAUAGAUUCUCUGUUGCCCAAGAUUUCAUUCCGCCCUCUUCUCUUCCUGGGGUAAAGCAGUCGUGUGUCCAUAUUGGGCUGAAGACAGAAAGGGAUGGAUUUUCUAGAGUAUGCUUUUAAAAAACACACCUGCAAUGUGGUGAAGCUGCAAUAUUUGAAGCGCAACAUAGCGAGGGACAACAGUGAACUAUUUUCCCUGAAACAUCUGUUUGUCAGCCGCACGCACAAGAUGGGCUCUGCAAACAGUGUCAAGCCGCUGAGCAGUUGAAGGGUCUAAUACUGUACCUUGCUCAAGGGCAUCUUGGCUUGGUUGGAAAUGUAAAACCCAGAGUAGUGAACAUUGGAGUCUGAGUCUUCACUCAGUCGCUGCAAAUGAUGGACUCCAACAUCACAAAUUUUGCUGGAAAAGUCCCGUACUGUAAAGUAAACAUGCUCUCAAAGGGCAAAAACAGUUGGGAUUUUGGAUAGAAUAGACUUUAUUUUUCCCACAAUGGGGAAACGAUGUGCCCAGUUGCAGUGCAGAUACAAAAAGUCCCCCCAAAAUAAGGUAAAACACAUGAAAAACAGGAAGGAAACAAUAAAGAACACAAACGACAUACAAGGCAUUAAAAUAGCACAGAGCUGAUGCAACCAACUGCCAAUUGAGCGGCGCCAUUUCUACAUGCAGCUCAAAGCAAAACACAACUAAAACCCCAAAAAUUAGCAACAAAUAAUACAUAUUGUGCACACACGAUUGCACCAUACAUAGACACACAACAACACCCACAUUCUGUACACCGCGGUGGCCUCUGCAGGCCUCCAUGCCAACGUCCCCUGGGCUGGGGGCAAGACCCAACAAAGCAAGCAAGAGAGCGGACUCCAUCCUAGGCUGCCCACUAGUCAAUGUCUGUUCCGAGUGGAGACCAACGUGUCCGAUACAUGCUCAUAGUUCAUGUUGUGAAUGCGAAAGCAUUAUUGACCCUGUACUGUUCACUGGUGUUGUCGUAUUUAAUGUGUUGUGUUGGGCAGUGGUCCCCAACCUUUUUGUAGCUGCGGACCGGUCAACGCUUGAUAAUUUGUCCCGCGGCCCGGUAGGGGGGGGGGGGGAUUUUUUUUUUUUUUUUCAUGAAAAAAGUAAAAUAAUAAACGUGAAUCCACUGUGUACUCAUAUGGACCUUUAUUAGCACAUUGCACCAACAACAUAACAUCAGUAUAACAUCAA